AUGAUCAGGAUCUUCCCGGACUUCAGCGUGCAGGUGUCGGCCUCCUCAGCGGGCAGCGGGGGCGGAGGGCUCGGGGGAGGCUCCGCGGGGGGCGGCAUGCUGAGCCCCGGGGCCGGUCCUCCUCUGGGCCGCGUGCCUGUGGUGCCAGGGGCCGGGACCGGAGCUCAGAGCGCGCAGGGACUGGGCGCCUAUCAGAAGACUGAGUAUUCUCUAAACUCAUGUGUUUCCAAAACACUCAGCGACGGUUACAACGCGGCUUAG